CUCCUCUCCUCCCUCCAUACGUCGACGCGGCCCCGUUCUCCAUCUGACAGCUGGCAGCGCGACAUGCUCAGAACCAGACCCGGAGCUCCCCACCAGCACGGAUUCGGUUCUGGUCCGAGCGGAAACCGAGCCGCUGAGUUGGAGUCCGAGCUGUCUGGUUGAGCUUCUGGAUCCCAGGCGGCAUGAGGCGCUCCUGAUCCCGGCAGAACGCCUACCUGUUCCCUGUCAUAUUUUAGAUCCGUUUGGACAUCCGGAGGCCUGAUCAUGUCUGUUAGAGAGAAGGAGGUCCUGACCAAAGACAGCGUCAGCCUGUUGCCCUGCUUCUAUUUUGUGGAGCUACCCAUUCUGGUCUCUUCUAUGGUGAGUCUCUACUUCCUGGAGUGGACCGAUGUGUUCAAGCCAGUGAAUUCUGGGUAUAACUGCCACGACCGCAGCCUGAGCCUGCCCUACAUUGACCCCAACCAUGAGGUCAUCCCACUUCUGAUGCUGCUUAGCCUGGCCUUUGCAGGACCAGCCAUCACUAUCAUGAUUGGAGAGGCCAUCUUGUUCUGCUGCCUUUCUUGGAGGAAGACUGGCAGAACGGAGGCUAGCAUCAACGCUGCUGGAUGCAAUUUCAAUUCCUUCAUUCGCCGAGCCAUCCGCUUUGUUGGUGUUCAUGUGUUUGGCCUCUGUGCGACUGCUCUUAUUACCGACAUCCUGCAGCUAAUGACUGGCUAUCCAACACCCUACUUCCUCACUGUAUGCAAACCCAACUACACCACGCUGAACAUCAGCUGUGAUAAGAACCCCUAUGUGAGAGAGGAUAUCUGCUCAGGAGCAGACCCUGCAGCCAUAAAUCAGGGGAGAAAAUCCUUCCCAUCCCAGCAUGCCACACUAGCAUCCUUUGCUGCUGUCUACAUAUCAAUGUAUUUCAACAGCACUCUCACAGACUCGUCUAAGCUGCUUAAGCCUCUGCUGGUCUUCUCUUUUAUUAUAAGUGCCAUCAUUUGUGGUUUGACUAGAAUCAUUCAGUACAAGAACCACGCUGUUGACGUUUAUCUGGGAUUCCUAAUUGGAGGUGGUAUUGCCGUGUACCUGGGAGUGUAUGCAGUUGGAAAUUUCCAGUCAAGUGAGGAGCCCAACAGCAGUCCUUGUGUCCUUUUGCACCACACGUGUCUCUCCCGUGCUUCUUGCACAUUGCCACAUGUAAGUCAGGAGGCUGUUCUCCAUCACCUUCAGAUGAAAUCCAGUAUGUCUAGUGAGGCUGGUAUCCCCACCUCCCACUCUGAAAGCCUGCUUCACCGAGGCAUACAGCAGCAGAGACCUGAAGACAGCCUAAAGCCCUCCAAUGCUAAUGUGGAAGUGAUGUCGCCCUGCAACCCCCAGAGCAAAGAUGCCAUGAUGAGUUUUAGCCACACGCUCCCUCGGGUUCACACCCCUCAGGCCAUAGCAGCAUAUGAAGAAGCUGCCAGACGCCAUGCUGCCACUCUCCACCAUGCGUCCAUGGACUCCAGUCGCUCAAAGCAGCUUCUGUCUCAAUGGAAAAGCAAGAACAACAAUCAUAAAUGCUCCAUAAUGUCCCCAGACUCCUUUUCCUCCUCUGUUGACUCAUCUGGCCACCUUCCACAUCAUGGCAGCAUUGAGCUACGAUCCAGCUCUGAACCAUUAACUGUGGGCAUAAAUGGGGUCCUUGAUGCCAGCACAUACAUGUCCAAGCUCCCCACUGGUGCUAGUACCACUCUACCCAGUAACUGCAGUGGAUUCACUGGAGGCACCAGGAUAUCAAUGCAAUCUAGACCUGGGUCUUCACAGCUAGUGCACAUACCAGAGGAAGCACAUGAAAAUUACAACACCACUUCCCAAAGGACAGGAGGAAGUGACAUAACAGUCAACAGUACAGUUCAAGCUAACUGGCAAAGAGCAGCUGAGAAGACUGGAAACAUGCAGAGCACCCAGCCACGAAUCAUGCAAGUAAUUGCUAUGUCCAAGCAGCAGGGUCUACUUCAAACCCAUUCCAAAAGCUUAGAUGAAAGCAGCAUGGGUUUUAAUGAUAAUGGAAGUGGCCAGGGUAGUACGCGAUACAGAGCACUCACCGAUCAAGACCCUAUCAGCACCACAGGGCCCAGCUCACUGGGCAGCACCACUGGUAGCAUUUCUGGAAGCACUGGAGCAAUUGUCAGAGUAGAGGCCCACCCUGAAAAUAACAAACCAGUUAUUCAAGCUCCAUCUACAGAUGGAAGUGGAUCUUGGAGGUGGCGAUCGCUGGAUCAUGGCAACAGUAUUGGUGGAAGUACAGGGACCAGCUCUUUUGGUAGUGGGUCAGGUCCUGGGAGUCUCAGGCAGACUGUUGAGCACAAUGAUCAAAGCGUUGACUCAGAGAGUUCAGACUCAGCUCGUGAAGGGUCCAUUGACCGAAAGCAUGGCAAACAUAUUAUUAUCACCACCUCAACUGUUGGAACCCCAUCAAUAGUUACUAUUCACACCCAGAACACUGGCCAGUCAGAGCAGAGGAUCCAUCCUCAGGGUCUUUCCACCAUAAGGGUCACUCCAUGUGGUCCUGGGGCUGGAGGAGGUGGUAACUUAGGGGGAGAGGCAGCUUCUGAAAUCCCCUCAGUUGUUUCCAGUUGUGAGUCAACACUGCGAAAAAAAAGCAAUAAUAUCAUUAUGAUCCCAGAGAGAGCCAACAGUCCUGAUAAUGCUAGGAACGUUUUCUACAAGGGAACUUCAAUUACUCCUAAUUUAAAGGAAUAAAACACGAUGUGACCAGACUGCCAUUUGAAGAAAGCAAAUAGAACAAGUGUAUUUUCAGAAAAUUCAAAUUCUACAGUAGUUUAUAUGUAGCAUGGUUCUUGUACACGCUUACUCUGAAGCGCAACAGUUUGUGUUGUUAAAAUAAUCACUGUGUAUUUCUUUGUGAUCACUCUUAUGGGAAUCCUUUUUAUAAUUAUAUUUCAUAUGUUUUUGACUUUAAAAAACAACAACAAAAAACAAUGUGCCAGUCACAUUAAGACAAAAUUGUUGUUUCAUAGUUGUGAAACCAAUGUUUACUUUCCUACAUUGUAAAUACUGUGUAUACUUGAAAGUGGUGCUACACUAGACAGAACUAUUUACUUUGUAUAAAGCAUUCUGUGUUCUCCAAAUACACCAACAAUUAUUUUACAAAGAAUUGCAACAAUGUCAAGAAGGAUUUUGUAAUGCUUCUGUACAGAUAGCCCAUCUUUAACAGAAUACUGUUGGAACCAUAAGUGAGCUUAGCAUUUAUCUGUAGCUACAAAGACAAAUUAGUUGUAACUUGCACUAAAGUAAGCGUUUACUGUACGCUGCAUUAUACUGUUUAUAUAUCUAUAUACAUAUACUGCUCACGAAGUGUUAGGGAUAUUUUGCUUUUGGCCAAAUUUGUGGAAAACAUAAAAAGUUCACACAACAAUGAUAUUAUAGCAUGAAAGUAGGGAAGUUUAGAAAUAUCCUACAGUGAUUUCCCUACCUCACACAGAGUAUUAAAAGAAAUGCAAAGAUUUGUGAGUGUGCAAUAAUAAUUACUGUCAGUGUCUUCAUAAUGUGUCAUGUGAUUUGAGCAUUAAUUACAAGUUGACAACAAUGUCUCCAACUGUUCACAAGUCAACUUAUAGUCUGUUGGAAUGACAUCCCUCUCUUGUUGAAGGGUGGACCUCAAAUCAUUGAGUUUCUGGAAUAUGGAGUUACAAGUCUCUGUAACUUGUAACAGAGACUUGUUACCUGACUCCAUAGGUUCUCCAUGAGAACCUGACCCCAUAGGUUCUCCGUGAGAACCAGUUCUGGUGAAAAUGUCGCCCAUUCCAGGUACUCUAGUGUUCAGUUGGUGUUCCUCAGGAAUGCAGCCUCGAUGACCUGGAGCAUUGUCAUCCCUUUGUUUCUUUUAUUUAGAUUGUAUCAAGGUUGUCCAGUACAUAGACCACACUGAUGCUAAUGAUUCCUAAUGACCUGAUGUGUCAUCUGGGAACCUUUCACCUCCCUCAAAUGGACCAGGAGUUGAAUGGCAUUCAUCAUCCGGUUGUGCAGGGCAUUGUUCACUUCACAGCAGACGUGGCCAAAGAAAGUCCACUUUUAUACCUUUCUGUGACUCUUCCUGUCUUUCUAAAUCUACGUUGCAACCUUCUGAUGAUACUGUCACUGUAGGCUCAGUGGCCACUUCCAUCUGAGAACAUCCCGUUGGAACCCUCACAAUGGAAAUUAUGUUGGUCAAUUGUAAUGUUGCUGUUGCUCUGGUCUCAUGAUGUCAAAAUGUCUACAGUUUAUUGAGGAGAACUGUUUCAAUACAAGAAAAAAACAAUCGGAAAAGUAUCGGAUGAUUCAGGGAUCUAACAACUGAUGUGAAUUUUGCCUUUAGAGAAAAGUAGGAUGUGCAAAAUGUUUUGAAACAUAGAACAGUUGGAUAUGUGCAUUCAAAGAUUUAGGAAAAGUCACAUUAAAUUCUUAAGUUAUAAUGUGUCCCAACAUUUCUCCUGAAAGUGCAAUAUCCCUAACUUUUCGUGAGUAUAUUUGUACAAGAAUGGCAAUCAAUUCUUAGAGCACAUACAGCAGCAAAGCAGUGAACUAUUUCACCAGUUUUUAACUUCUAAAUGUGUUGAAAGGUUGACAAAACAUCAGAAUUUUUCUGACUCCAUUUUAUAUGUUUUGAGGUUUUUUGGAGAGUAUUUGAAGUAUUCCAGUGAAAUCCAUUUUGUGUGCAUGAAUUACCUGAAUCAGUAAGAGUGGACAAAAGAGAAGACCUACUUCAGUCAGUGUAAAUACAAAACACAUUAUGAGAUGAAUAUCUUUUUAAAGGACCAAAGGCUUUGCAAACCAAUGCAGCAAUAUGUGAAAACGGUAUUGUGCUCUUUCUUAAAUUAUACAGUUGCUACACCAUGUUUUAUGUUUGUUUCUCCUGUCCAGCUACUGCUGGACCUGGAAAGCCUUCCAUUAAACCUCAGAAAGAGAUUAUUCAGGCAUCAGCUUGUGUCGGAUUAUGCACCACCUCUUAAUGUAACAUGACAGCUUUGGAGUGGCCAAGAUAAAGUAUGAAAGUAUACAAAGUCCUCCAGUGGUUGAAUUAGAAUAAUUCUAAUGCUUAGGAGCAUUAUAAUUAUUCUAAUGCUUAGGAGCAUUAUAAUUAUUCUAAUGCUUAGGAGCAUUAGAAUUAUAGCUGCUUAGCAGCAGCUAUAAUGCUUAGGAGCAUCGAUGGCUUCACAUAGGGCAAACUUGGAUUGCAUAGCUUGUUUUUCUUUAUAGGUAAAAUAAGUCUUUGUUUGAAAACUGCUUCUUUAUUCACUUAGGUUUGAUUUUCUAAUUCCAAAAACUGCAUAAUCAUCUACAGCACUUAAAUAUCAGAAAAGCUCCCUGAAAGAAAAAGGGAGCAGUUGCUCCUUUAAGAGAAUUUAAGGAAGCAACUGCAAUAUCUAUUACUGAGGCUGUAGUACUUCAGAGGAAUGUUUUUUUGUUCACAAUAUCUAAAUGCUGUAUUCCUCUUUGUACACCAGUGUAGCAAAAGCACAGAUUGUUUCAAACAACCUAAUGUUGCUUGUGUAGCAACAAAAGUUUCCUAAAAGAUUUAGACAUGAAGUGGCAAUUUCAAUUAAAAUUCAUUCUGUUGGUUUUUAUUUGUGCAUAGCUAUAUAGGGUUCUCUUUGUUUUCUUGCUUGACAAUCAGGAAUUUUAAUACACUUUUUGGGGUGAAGGUGAACUAUUUCUGUCAAAAAGAAGUAAGACAGGUAACAGAAACCUUGAGCAUUCUUCAUAAAAAUCAGCAGUUGCUCCUUUAUGUAUUAGUGAGAGGAACACUGGCAUUGUUCAUCAUUCUUCAGGGUGAAGCAGCUCUGAAGCCUUCAGGUCCUCUGGUUCUGAAAAUUCUUCAUAAGAUUUACGGGACAUGGUGGCUCUCUUUACCUUCAUGCUUUAGUGUUCAAUUUCCAGUACACUCUACAAUCUUAUCUCAUGUUUUUUGUUGAUUUUUAAUUUAGCUUUAAACAAAAUGCAGCCUUACCUUUUAACUGAUCAUUUGUCUUAUUUUAAAUCACCAGAGCAGUUUUGUCAAAAUUUCUUCAUUUAUUCAUUUAUUUAUUUUACAACCUUCAGCAGGUUUGUGUAGACUGACAUAGAGAAUGAUUGCUCAAAGAUAACUGGACUUCAGCAGAGAUUCUUGAGUACUCUAUGUAAGAAACAGGGAUUUGGAAGAGCAAAGAAAAAAAAAUCAGUCAAGCUGAUCAAAUCAUUUUAGGGGUAAAAUGGACCCCUAUAUUUGUGGGUGAAAACUUGAAAUCCCCUCUAAAAAAGCUUUGAACUGCCUAAUUUAAUAGUGAGAACACCAAAUAUGCCUUAACAUGCAUAAAAUUCAUUGCACUCCUGGAUUGGCUGCUUUGCAAUUACCAGCCAGUGAUGUGUCAAGUAUCACUGUUGAUUAGUUUUUUAAAUUGUCCUUUAGACAAUAAAGUCGUGUGUCCAGUAGCAUAUGACUUAUACCAUGGGCUGUCAGUUAGACUGGUGCUUGCUCUGGGUUAUCACGUUCUGUCUCUGCCUUACAUCUCUGGAAGAUGUCUGUUAAUUUCCCUAUGAACAAUUUCCCAUUAUUGUCUGGCACCAAUUUUUAUUUUUGUCGAUUUUUAGUCACUUUCAAUGAGAACCAUCUAGAGUGAUCCACCAUGUUCCACAGUAGCAAAGCUUUUUCAGCAUACCAGAGAUGACUGAGGUUGUCAGUGUUUUGGGGUAAAAUACAUGACCCACCAAUUUUAAGUUUUAUAUUAUUGCUUUUCACAUUUAUUUGAGUAAUAUUUAGAAAAUUUUUGUAGAUGCAUUACUUAUAACUAAAUUUUAUUCAAGUUCCUGGUUGUACAGUACCAAAACAAAGAAUCUCAAAUUUGUUUUAGACUGUGCUAGUUUGGUGCUUUGAUUUUGUUUUGUGCUAAAAGGUACUUUGUGAAUUUUCUGACAAAUUCAUGUUUAUUAUUAAAUGUUUAUGUAAUUAAAAAAAAACACACUUUUGAUAUUUUAGAAUUCAUUACAAAAAGAAACUGGGACUGUUUCUUCUCAUAUUGUGAUAAGGCAAGACGUACCAAAGUCAGAUUUUUCUCGCAUCAGAACAUUUGGUGUAGCAAAUUUUCUAACCCCAGACACAUUAUAAGCAUGUUUUUUUAUAAUAUAAAACAGCAGAAUUUAGUCAUACUGUUACCAUAUAUCAUCACCUUUAUUCUUUGUCUAGGUCUGACUGUCUUAAGGUAAGCUUUGUAUCUAUGUACUCUGAUUAUUGCUUUAUAGUUGUGGCUGUACAUGUAAAUGUGAAAUGUGUACAUAUUCAAGAAAAUUUCAGGAAGUAGUCUUGAACGCCAAGAGAAUUUCUCAGUAAGAAAAUAAUUAUUUACCAAGCAGUCCAAAAUAGUUUACAUCUGAAAUUUUAUCUCAUGUUAAUUUAUUACGUUAUUUAAUGAUUUGACUGGUCAGGUGAUUAAUUGGCUAAGUUCACCUCAGAAUCAUUUUACUUCUCAUUUUUGGAAAGUUUCAAGAAAAGUCACUCUGGCUGUCUGCAAUGUGAAACACACAAAGCUGGCAGAAGUUCAGCUUUUAUAAAAAAACUAAAUUAGAACAGCAUCUUUCAACUCUUUAUUUUCUCUUUGUGUCACUUGGGAUUGUUCUGGCACAUAUAAUAUGUGAUGAAAAGGUUAAUAAGUCAUGAGGUUUUGUCUUAUGGCACAAAGGCCACAAACUUAUCUUGGUUGUUGCUCCCAGCAUCAGCCCCAAUAGUAAUUGAUGGUGUGGCUUUUGAUAUUUACUGAAGUAGAUUUUAUGAUGUGAAAAAUCUAUAAAUGUGAUAUUCUUAAAAAGUAUAUUUCCUACAAACUUUGAUACUAUAGACAUCUUUAAAAAAGUGAUUUGGAUCCGAGCCUUAAUGUUCUAAACACUCCAUACAGCAUGAUGUUUGAGUUCACUGAAAAGCACACCUUGUCUUACAGUUAGAAGAAAAAAAACAACAGAUCUGAUUUUCUGUACUUCCUAGAAGUCAGUGGAAUCCAAAAAUGUAGUGUCAUGCCAUCCUCAGAUUGGAUCCUACAUCCACCCUGAGGAUAGAGGAUCUUUGCAUGUGUAGACUAAUGUGCCGUCUCUGGAUGAACAAUAAAUGUUUUCUGAUUC